GGAAUAGGCCCUAUGACACUUUUAACUUGCACUCUUUGGAAAAUUCCUUAAUGGAUAUGAUAAGGACUGAUCAUGAGCCUCUGAAAGGGCGUAUGGGAAUAAACUUCCAUCAUCCAGGAACAGACAAUAUUAUGGCUCUUAAUAGUCGGUCUUCACUCUUUCCUUUUGAAGAUGGCUUCCUAGACGACAGUCAUGGUGAUCAGUCUUUAUCAUCGGGUCUCAGCUCUCCAACACGCUGUCAGAAUGGUGAAAGAGUGGAACGCUAUUCUAGAAAAGUCUUUGUUGGAGGUCUUCCUCCUGACAUUGAUGAAGAUGAGAUCACUGCCAGCUUUCGUAGGUUUGGACCUCUUGUGGUGGACUGGCCUCACAAAGCUGAAAGCAAGUCAUAUUUUCCACCUAAAGGUAAUUAGUUUAAAAUACAUUUAUGCAGGCUGUUAUGGUAAAAGGAAACUGUCUGCAAUGUGAAAAGAAAAGAUUUGACUCUUU